CAAUGGAGGGAGGUGCCUGUGUGGGAGUCGUUUCCUAAACUUCCCUGUUAUUAUGUGAGUGAGCAGCCACAGCAGCAGAGAAAAAGCAGUCGCUGGGUUGGGGGAGAUCUGUGUGACCAGGACUCAGGCUGUAUUAAAGGUACACUGGAGCUAUAUGACUUGCUGAGGAGCUAAGCCAUGUUAUGCUGGGGACACUCUGCUUUUGGACAGCUUGGCUUUAAUCAUGGCUCCAUAAACAUUAUCCCCAAACCCAGCAUAUCUCCAUUCUCCCUGGCUAAGUGCAUCAAGCAGGUGGCCUGUGGGGAGAAUCAUUCUCUGUUCCUGCUGGAAGACGGCGGGGUUUACAGCUGUGGAUGUAACAGUGCAGGACAACUUGGCCAUGAGCACGAGGAUGGGGCACCAGGUCAUAUAAAUACUUUGUCUGAUCAACAUAUCAUUCAUGUGGCGUGUGGACAGUCCCAUAGUGUGGCACUUAAUAACCAAGGUCAGCUCUUCUCAUGGGGCGCUGGGAGUGAAGGACAGUUGGGCCUCUCCACCACAGAACAGUCCAUUCCAGUACCAAGGUUGAUUAAGAAGUUAAAUCAACAGAAGAUAUUGCAGGUUUCCUGUGGCAGCCAGCAUUGUUUGGCUCUUUCAGAUGAUUGCCAGUUAUUCACAUGGGGACAGAAUAAUCACGGACAGUUGGGUCUUGGCCAAGGAUUGUCCUCUCAGUCUAUCCCUCAGCGAGUGAAAGCCUUGGAGGGGAUACCACUGGCUCAGGUCACGGCAGGAGGUUACCAUAGCUUCGCCUUGUCCCUCUCAGGGGCUGUAUUUGGCUGGGGAAAGAACAGCUCAGGGCAGCUUGGCUUGAAUGACGAACAAGUUCGCGUUUGUCCAUGUCAUGUGAAACCAUUACGCAGCCAGAAAGUUGUGUACAUCAGCUGCGGGGAAGAGCAUACAGCUGUCCUGACCAAGAAUGGAGGACUUUUUACAUUUGGAGCUGGGGGCUACGGGCAGCUGGGACAUGAUUCACUUCAUAAUGAGAUAAAUCCUAGGCGGGUACUGGAACUAAUGGGCAGUGAAGUCUCUCAGAUUGCCUGUGGAAGACAGCACACCAUCGCAUUUGUGCCUGCUUCCAGUGUCCUCUAUGCAUUUGGAUGUGGUGCACAAGGCCAACUUGGUACUGGAAACACAGAUAAUGUGAUCUGUCCUAUGGUAGUCGAAGGGAAGUGGGCCACGCACCACCUACAGAUCCCACCUACAAGUGAUAUAUCAUUAUACAACAUUAUCAAACGCAUCUUCUCUGGAUGGGAUAAAACACUUGUGCUGUGUUCAAAACCAGAGAACCCCAUAGCCACUGAUGAUUUCCGCUCCUGUAGAAACACAAGUUACACCAGCCUGAUAAACAAUGAGACCAUUGACGUGUGGAGGCAGAAGCUAUUAGACAAUAGUAACUCUAAUACAAUCAAUGGCAUUGUUCAAACGCUGUCCUCAUCAGCAUGCUGGAAUGGGAGUUUUCUAGAGAAGAAAAAUGACGAACAUUUUAAGACGGGUCCCAAGAUGCCAGGAAUUGACAUGCUAUCCAUCAAAGUUCUGUUUGAGACACUAAUGAAUGGCCAUCAUUCCAGGUUACUAGAGCAGAUCCUUAAAGGCUUUGAAAGUUUUUUGAUACCACAGCUGUCAAGCUCUCCACCAGAUGUAGAAGCAAUGCGGAUUUACCUCAUCCUCCCAGAAUUCCCUCUGCUCCAGGACUCCAAGUAUUACAUAACAUUGACUCUUCCAUUAGCCAUGGCUAUUUUAAGGCUGGAUGCUAAUCCAAGCAAAGUGCUGGAUAACUGGUGGUCUCAGGUUUGCCCAAACUACUUCUUCAAGCUAAUUGACCUGUAUAAAGGAGCAGUGGUCUAUCUUCUGACUGGGCACAAAACCUUGCUGAUCCCCGUACUGUUUACCAGCUACAUCACCGCUGCUCUCAGACUCCUUGAAAAGCUGCACAAGGUAAAUGUGAAGGUGCGACAUGUAGAGCAUGAUAAAUUCUACAUCCCUGAGAUAUCCAGCCUGGUGGACAUUCAAGAAGAUUACCUCACGUGGUUCCUAAACCAGGCAGGACUGAAAGUUCGCCCUUCAAUUAUGCAGGACUCUGUCACGCUUUGCUCUUAUCCUUUUGUAUUUGAUGCUCAAGCCAAGACAAAAAUGUUACAGACAGAUGCUGAGCUACAGAUGCAGGUGGCGAUAAAUGGUGCCAAUCUGCAAAAUGUUUUCAUGCUCCUCUCUCUGGAGCCCAUGCUGGCCAAGAACCCUUUCCUGGUGCUUCACGUCAGAAGGACGAGCCUAGUGGCUGAUGCUUUGAGAGAGCUCAGUAUUUACUCUGACAUAGACUUGAAGAAGCCUCUGAAGGUUAUAUUUGAUGGUGAAGAAGCUGUGGAUGAUGGAGGCGUUACUAAAGAAUUCUUUCUGUUGCUUCUUAAAGAACUUUUAAACCCUAUCUAUGGAAUGUUCACGGUCUUUCCAGACUCCUACCUGCUAUGGUUUUCUGACAUAUGUUUUGUAGAGCACAACUGGUUCCAUCUAAUUGGCAUCAUGUGUGGUUUAGCCAUUUAUAACUUCACGGUGGUUGAUCUCCACUUUCCAUUGGUGCUAUAUAAGAAGCUACUGAAUGUUCCAGCCACUUUAGAUGAUCUGAAGGAGCUGUCACCCACAGAAGGAAGGAGCCUACAGCAGCUCUUAGACUAUACUGGAGAAGAUGUUGAGGACACUUUUUGCCUUAAUUUUACAAUCUGUAGGGACAGUUACGGGCUCACUGAAAUAAAACCCUUGGUGCCUGGAGGAGACAAGAUAACUGUGAAUAAAGAAAACCGACAAGAAUUUGUUGAUGCUUAUGUGAACUAUGUGUUCAACAAGUCAGUCCAGGAAUGGUAUGAGGCGUUCUCUACCGGAUUCCUCAAAGUCUGUGGUGGGAAAGUGCUUGAGCUUUUUCAGCCAUCUGAACUGAAGGCCAUGGUGGUUGGCAGCAGCAACUAUAACUGGCAGGAGCUGGAGGAGAAUGCAAUCUACAAAGGUGAAUACUCAGCUGUCCACCCUACUGUCAGGAUGUUUUGGGAAACGUUCCAUGAAUUUCCUCUGGAGAAGAAAAAGAAGUUUUUGUUGUUCCUCACCGGCAGUGACCGUAUUCCCAUCUAUGGAAUGUCCAGCUUACACGUCAUCAUCCAGCCAAUAGCCACGGGGGAAGACCACCUACCUGUAGCGCACACAUGCUACAACCUUCUGGACCUGCCCAAGUACAGCAAAAAAGAAAUCCUCAGGACACGACUCAACCAAGCCAUAGACCAUUAUGAGGGCUUCAGCUUAGCAUGAGAAAUAGUCUUAUUUUUCCUUACUUCCCUCUAUCUACAUGCACUUUAUCUCUAAUGGGCUUAUUUAAUAUUAAUGUAAAAAUAUACUCAAUGUUGUAUACAUAAAAAAAACAACCAAGAAAUGUAUCGGUUUCUAUUUUUAUAAAUUAAACAAAAUGUAAAAGACAAAAAAAUAAUGAAUAAAUCCUGUGCGGGCUAUGGGCAUCUCAAUGUAUUUGAUAUUUGUUCAGAUUGCUACUGUUUUUACCAUUUGAUUUUACUCUUCUUUCCCUCUGAUCUUACUGUAUUGUGGUUAAUGUUAUUUCUUGGUGUGGUGAGCGCAAACGAGCAAUAUUCGGCAGAGCAGGUUUUCUCAAAGUAUUUUCCAUAGCACCAAGUUACUUUCAGAGCAUUAAAGGUUUUGAUUGAAUGA